AUGGGGCUGUUGGUGGCACGUGGGGAAGAAGUGGGAAUUGCAGGUUGCCAGUCUAAGAACCGUCUCGUUGCUUCAAGAAAUGUGGCAUUUGGGUGCUGCUCUGGAGCUCCAGCUAUUGUGACUUGGAAUUUGAACACAGGGAUAGCUGGAACAAACGGGCCUGUGGGAGGUGUGGGAUACAGCAGCCAUCACCUUGAUGCACAGAAACUGGAGUCGUCUUCUUGCAAAGGGGAAGACAGCUUGGAUGUACUAAUUGUAGGUGAUGAUGAUGGAGGAAAGCUCUUUACCCCUGAGGAAUACGAAGAGUACAAAAGAAAAGUGUUGCCAAUUCGGUUGAAGAACAGGUUGUAUGUGAGCUGGAGAUCACCAGUUGGCAUGGACUGUAAGCUUGUGGGACCAGAGACACUGUGCUUUUGUACUCACCGGUAUAAACAACACAAAACGGACUAUGAAGUGAUUCCUGAAGACCGUCCUAUUUGUGUGCCUUGUAGAGUGAGCCGAUGCCCAUGCCAGUCCUUUCACUAUGUCCCUCUGAAUGGCACACAGCCCAUCCGUUGCAGAUGCAAACACUUUGCUGAUCAGCACAGCGCGGCACCUGGGUUUUCAUGUAACUCUUGUUCCAAGUGUUCGGGCUUUCAUAGUUGCUUUACCUGUGCAUGUGGGCAGCCAACAUACGCUCAUGAAACAGUCGUGGAAACUAAACAAGAGCGCUUAGCCCAAGGAAAGCCUGUGGGGCAGGAUGUUCCUUAUGCUGCUAUGGGAGGACUGACUGGUUUUAGUUCACUAGCAGAAGGCUACAUGAGACUUGAUGACAGUGGAAUAGGGGCUCCUUCAGCUGAACUUUUAGAAGCCCCUGUUACCAGCAUGGAUCAUCCAUUUCUAAAAGCUUUUCAGGGACCUUCUAGUUCUGCUCAAACCACCUCACAGAUAGCAGGUAGUUCUAGUGCCACAAGGCAAAUUUCUCAGGGAAAGCAUUCAGAAGAUGAUGACAUGGCUUACUUUGAAAAACGUUAUCAAGAACGGCUGAAAAAGGAAAAGGCUGCUAAACGGAAAGAGAAGAGUCCGGCGCCAUCAAAGAACCCAUGA